CUGCCUGGAAUUCCUUUUACUAUGUCGAGCAAUGAAUUUUCACAAAAUUCACGAUUUAGUAUAAGAAUUCAAAAUCAACGAAGUGAAACUUCGGUAAGCGGAGAAAUAGAAGAGGAAAAAAAUUCUGUAAAAGUCAGUUGUGAGAAUACUUACUUGAGUCAAAUUAAAUCUUCCAACGGGUUAUUUGCCGAUUGGAAAUACGAUUUAGAAAUCGUUCAACAACCUGUUCGAGCUCGCGCUUGCGGUUAUGGCAAUAAGGAUUUUCGUUCAAUUUCUCCUCCGAUUUGCAUAAAAUUAAAUAUUUCUACCUCAUCUGGUCCCGUGAACAUUGAUUUGUAUGAUCGUUCUUUUGAAAAUUGUACAACAGUUUGGGUAAAAUCUUCUAAUCCUCAAGUUCCUAAAGAAAAAAUCAUCAACCUUAUUGGUAGUAGAAGUGAAACUUGUAGUAUAUUUGCAGAUGAACAUGGGAAAAAAGGAUUAUGGUUUAUUUAUGCAAAUUUGGGUGUUAGAACUGUGAAUGAUUAUUUUUUAAGAUUUCAAUUAUUUUAUCUCGGAUGGGAAAGCGUUUUAAAUGUUGGUGCUGGUCCGAUAAAAGAAUUGGCAACGAUUGAUUCUGCUGAAUUUAAAGUUUUCAGGAAUAAACAAUUUCCAAGAGUUUGUUCUCAACUCACUAAAUGCUUGGCCAAACAAGGCGCCAACAUCCCUUUACGAAACGAAACUGCAAAGGUAAAAAAUACUUCACAUUCGGUUGAAGAUGAAAUAGUUAAUAAUAACAAUGGAACUGCAAGUAACGUGAAUAAUUUAACUAAUUCACCUAAUAUUGAAGAAGAAUCUGGAUAUGACAAAA